AUGAGUUACGCAGACAUUGCUGCCAAGGGCCCCAAGCAGUCUCCAGAAGAGGUUGGUUGCUGCAUCUCUCCACUGAUCAUUCGCGCUGCUCCCGUCCCCUCCAUCGAGCACUCGGAAGAAUCUUCCAGCCUGGUCGACGUCGAUUCCCCACAUGUCAGCUCUGUCAACUCCGACUACAAGGAACAGGAAAUCAAGACCGACACUCAGGCCGAGAGAAUCGAGCAUGAGGCAGAGGACAAAGCCCGUGCUGCGGAGCAAAAGACGGAAGCUGCCGCUGCUGAGACCAAGAAGAAGGCCGCAACCAAGGGCAAACAAGUCAAGGAUUCCUUGAAGAAGGAUGGCCAGAAAUUGAGCGAGAACAGAGACAACCCGGUUGUCAUUGGCAAUGCCCUGAUAUGGGGUCUUGCUACCGUCACUAUCGGAUACGGCGCCUACAAGAAGCAGAGCGAAGGUAAAUUGGACUGGCAACUCGCAGGAACAGUGGCUGGAUGUGUUGGUGCCUUUGCUGUGGCCGACUAUUUCGGCAGCAAGUGGCUGCUUGAGAACAAGUAUCCUCCCAAAUAGACGGUGAUCAGACCAGGCUGAUACCCUUUAACGGUUGGAGAACGCACUCUGUAUUUUUUUCCUUGA